GCCGGCGCGCGCGGGCGCAGGAGGCGACUCGAGGCGCGAUGUCGGUGCCGCUGCUCAAGAUCGGGGUUGUGCUGAGCACCAUGGCCAUGAUCACCAACUGGAUGUCCCAGACGCUGCCCUCGCUGGUGGGCCUCAACACCACCAAGCUCUCUGCGGCCAGCGGCGGGACGCUCGACCGCAGCACCGGCGUGUUGCCCACCAACCCCGAGGAGAGCUGGCAGGUGUACAGCUCCGCCCAGGACAGCGAGGGCAGGUGCAUCUGCACAGUGGUCGCCCCCCAGCAGACCAUGUGUUCACGGGAUGCCCGCACGAAACAGCUCAGGCAGCUACUGGAGAAGGUGCAAAACAUGUCUCAAUCCAUAGAGGUCCUGGACAGGCGGACCCAGAGGGACUUGCAGUAUGUGGAGAAGAUGGAGAACCAGAUGAAGGGACUGGAGUCCAAGUUCAAGCAGGUGGAGGAGAGCCAUAAGCAACACCUGGCCAGGCAGUUCAAGGCGAUAAAAGCGAAAAUGGAUGAACUUAGGCCUUUGAUACCUGUGUUGGAAGAGUACAAGGCCGAUGCCAAAUUGGUAUUGCAAUUUAAGGAGGAGGUCCAGAAUCUGACGUCAGUGCUUAACGAACUGCAAGAGGAAAUUGGCGCCUAUGACUACGAUGAACUUCAGAGCAGAGUGUCCAAUCUUGAAGAAAGGCUCCGUGCAUGCAUGCAAAAACUAGCCUGCGGCAAGCUGACAGGCAUCAGUGACCCCGUGACCGUCAAGACCUCGGGUUCAAGGUUCGGGUCCUGGAUGACGGAUCCUCUGGCCCCAGAAGGUGAUAACAGGGUCUGGUACAUGGACGGCUACCACAACAACCGCUUUGUCCGCGAGUACAAGUCCAUGACCGACUUCAUGACCACGGACAAUUUCACGUCCCACCGCCUCCCGCACCCCUGGUCCGGCACGGGGCAGGUGGUCUACAACGGCUCCAUCUACUUCAACAAGUUCCAGAGCCACAUCGUCAUCCGGUUCGACCUGAAGACGGAGACGAUCCUGAAGACGCGGAGCCUGGACUAUGCCGGUUACAACAACAUGUACCACUACGCCUGGGGCGGCCAUUCAGACAUCGACCUCAUGGUGGACGAGAACGGGCUGUGGGCCGUCUACGCCACCAACCAGAACGCGGGCAACAUCGUCAUCAGCAAGCUGGACCCCGUGUCCCUGCAGGUGCUGCAGACGUGGAACACGAGCUACCCCAAGCGCAGCGCUGGCGAGGCCUUCAUCAUCUGCGGGACCCUCUACGUCACCAACGGCUACUCGGGGGGCACCAAGGUCCACUACGCCUACCAGACCAACGCCUCGACCUACGAGUACAUCGACAUCCCCUUCCAGAACAAGUACUCCCACAUCUCCAUGCUGGACUACAACCCCAAGGACCGCGCCCUGUACGCUUGGAACAACGGCCACCAGAUUCUCUACAACGUCACCCUCUUUCACGUCAUCCGGUCCGACGAGUUGUAGUUGUCUCCGCCCGGAAAGCCCAGGGGGCCGUGGCCUCCCCCACACGGACCUUCCUGUGGGACAGCUGCCGACAUAACCUAACGACAUUAAUAAUACUAAUUUCGAAACGUCAGCGGCAGCGUGGGCCCCGGCACCGCGUGGGGGCGUCGCCUCCCCGUGCCUCUGGUCGGAGCGAGAGGGCCACGCGCUUGGGAAGAGAAGACGCCCCCGCCCCCGCC